AACAGCAAAACUGAGAACAUUAAACUCGAUAGUUUAAAACGCUGACAAACGCUUAUUUUUGAUUCGGUACAAAAGACUUUCAAACUUAUGAUUAUAUUGAAUUGAAUUUAAAAAUGGCCGCGCUGAAGAUUGGACACGGCUUCAGCAAGUUAGUGGAGCAACUGGGCCGUGACGAGACAUUAGCUGGGUGUGUGAGGCCAGUUGCCGUGGACUCUGAAUUGGUGCUGUCUGUUCUGAGGGGUGAAUUCAUAGAGAACACACAAUGGAGGAACACAGUUAGAUUUCUGAGAGAGAAUAGAGUGAAAACAUUCAUCGUCUCUAACUGCACAGAUAGCAGACAGGAAAGGGAAGUGUUGUUGUCGCACACUCAACAACAUCUACAGAAGUUUGCAGCCAAACAGGGAUGCACGUUCACGUUCUUAGACUACUGGACUGGUAUGUCUUCCCGACUUGACAUGACCCCCAAAGACUGGGACCUCGUAUCCUCCGAGCUCGACAGCUGCCUCGUCCCCUCCUCUUGUUCAUUGGGUCCGGUGGCUAUCGUGUUGCACACUGAGACUUAUGGGGAUCCGGUGUUGCCUGUUAGAUUCGUUCCCAAGCAUUUCAAGUGGCUGUUGGAGGCGUCCCAGUCUGUAGGAAUUGACACCAGGACUAUAGUCGAGUGGUUCUCCCUGGACGACCAGAGCAGUCCGCCUGUGUUCGAGAUGAAGGACAUCUCAGAAAUAUACUCCAACUUCAGAUCCCUGGACUCAGACUUGCCUCCGGACGUGGUCGCAGAGGCAUCUGCUCUGUGGCAAACUACGAGGACUAAUCUGACUCACGAGAUAACAGCUGGCACGAAAGAACUAGUGCGCAAGAAUGUCCUCACAAAAGAACAUCUGCUCAGAACCAAUCAAUCGAUUUUCGAGGUUUUUGUGGAGCGCGUACUUAAAGAGCGACAGGCCAAGAACAAAUGCGUCAUCUACUCGAGGAAGUUCGACAAAAUCAUCACUUCGGACCCAGCGGCAGGAGACUAUUUGGACUUUGACAAUGGCCUGGUAGUUCCAGCAGGUCAGAGGAAAGCGGAGAAGCUUUUCAGGGAGAUCAAAAUGAAGAUGCCGAACAAAUUGAUUCACAGAAAACCCAUUUCUUGGAAGCCAGGUGGAAUUACAGCAGAGGAAAAACAACACAAAACGUAUCUCUCCUACGUGCAAACCCAGAGCUACCUUGACCUCACAAGGAGAAUAUCGGCCGCCAAACUCCACCAACAACAACUUCUGUCUUUCUUCAAAAGCGACUCCCUUCAAGCACUUUUUCUAGAAUGUUCCGCACAACUACUACACGUCGACACUUUGACUUUAAAAAGUCUGAGUCGCGACGGAAUUCUGGAGUGGAUUUUCGACACGAUCGUUGAAAACCGGAAAAUUCUUCUGACCCCGAAUGAACUUUCAGGCGAAGAUGAUUGGCUAGAUUAUGUCGAGGCUUCGACCGGGAUUCGGUCGACUCAACUUAGCCAAUCACGAGGCACUGGCACGACUCGAACACGACUGACGAGACAAAAAAUGACGUCGACUCCUAACUUCAGCCGACAAGCAACCCUGAAGCUAUCGCGUCGAAAUACGAAAGAUAAGCUCCGUAGACAAAAACCACGCGAGAAGGUAGAAUCGAGAGUCGAAAGUUCCGCAAGAGCUUUCAAUGAAACCAGCGAGCAUACAACUGAUAGCGAAAUCACCACGAAACUCAAAGACAGCAAAAAGAACAAAGCUCCUGAUGAAAACUUUGAAGAAAAACGGGAAUUGGUGGAAAAUGUUGUUGAUCACGUAGAUUUUGAUCCAACAGGUGAACAAAUGAUGUUCGAUCAUUCGAUGGAGCAUUUCCCAUUCUUCAUUAUUGGAGAUUCAAAUUCCGGGAAAUCAAUAAUGGCCGCUAUGAUAGUUAAGCAUGCGAACACUUAUUUGCCCGAUUUUCAUAUAAUUCCUCGGUUCUGCGGCGCUUCUGAUAAAUCUCGGUCAUUUUUCGACGUGCUCGAGUCAAUUUAUCACAAUCUGACCAAGCUAUGUAAGAUGGAUUACACUAAACCGAGCAGUUUGCCUGAAUGUGUGAACGGGUUUCAAAAUCUGUGUGAACAAAUCGCGAUCUCGGAGAAACCUAACUUCAACUUUCGGAUUUUGGUAGUCGUGGACCAAUUGGAGGCCUUGACGUGCAACGAUAGGAGCUUUGCGCUGAGUUUGAAUUGGAUGCCGAGACAGUUUUGUGCCAAAUUGGUCUUUAUUGUUACUGUGAACAAAUGGUGUGUUCAAUUGAUGACGUCAGCACAAUGUGUGACAAGGGAAUCCUGGAGAUUUUUCAAGCUUCCAGGUGAGUUGUCGCUGAACACGUGUCAGAUGUACCUGGAAGACCUGAUGAUGUCGAAGGGGAGGAGUCUCACUGACAAUCAGAAGACACUCAUCACUCGCUCACUGAGAAACCAGCCAACCAUGUUGCUUCUCAACUCACUCGCUAAUCAGGCUCUUCUGUGGCGGAAGCGAUUCCAUUUGCCUGUGAACAAAUUCGCAUCAGUGAAUCAUCUGAUUCAAAUCUGUCACAUCCGAGAAGCCGAGAAGAGAUUCGGCAAAUCUGUCAUCCGGAAAUUCUGCUCUUUGAUCUGUGUCAGCCAAUUUGGUCUCUCAGAAAUAGAGCUUCUUGAUCUUCUGUCUUAUUCUGACGAAGCUGUGGACGAAGUGUAUGCUGCACAGGGUGUUCUGCACAGAAAUAUUGUCAGAUUACCCCUCAAUUGGUGGCUACAAGUGAGGUCAUAUUUUGUUAAUCUGUUGAAAGAAAAGAAGAUGGGCAAAACUUUUCUUCUGACGUGGGCAAACAAAACAUACGCAGAAGUUUUCAGACGCAGCCUUCUCCACGAAAAUGAAGAAUGCGAGAGGUCAAUUCGCAAACUUCUUCUGGACUACUUCAUGGGUAGACUUGUUAAUCCCGACUCUCCAUCUCACAUGGAGGGCGAGAAGAAUGAGUCAUCGCCAUCAGCACACAACAGAUGCAUCAGUCGGCAACAACUGAAAGUGAGCAACGGCGUGUACAAUACACGUGCCAUGGAGGAGAUUGUGUUCCAGUUCGGGAAACUACUCGAUCAACAAGACAUCGUAACAUUCUACUGCGACUUCAAGAACCUUCUCUAUUUGAUCAGAGGUCUAACAAUAGAGCGAGUGAUUCAGUCUAUUCGCUCCAUCAACUUCGAACUCUAUCGCAAAACCAGCACUCGAAAUUCAAUUUUAACUGCCCUUGAGAAGAUGCUGGAAGUGAACCGGGAGAGUUUAGCAGAUGAUUCAAACAGUUUGUCACGGGUAUUGCAAACUGAAGGAUUUUCAAGUGAAAUAGACACAACAACUAUUAACAAAAUCAAGAAUGACGCGAUAGUUUGGUUCCAAAGAAGUACAACUCCUCUAAUGAUGCCAGUACACCUGGAAAAAGAGGAGUGUAAUCAAAACGAAGAUUUCGAUCCGACAGGAAAGAUAAAGCCAACUUCCAUUGUCAAACUAGAUGAAGAUGUGCAAAAAGUGUUCUCAAUGAGUCACUGCGGUACCAAACUGCUGAGGACGUCAACUACUUCUAGAAAGUUCUGGAUCUAUGACUCAGAGAAGAGAACAUGUGAAGAGGUUUUGCCGGAAGAAGAAAACGGAAUCGACAUGAAGAUGUACAAUGAGCUACUUCCAAAUUUGGGUCUAAUUUGGAACGGAUCUAGCUGGCAAAUGGUGAACGAGUGCAACUGGACUCUUGUUAAGUUCCCACAGCAAAGUGAAUCAGCUGAAGCAUCCAGAAGUAACUUCGAAGACUUCGCUCCAAGACUCAUUCCAAGUGCACUCGGAAUGGAUUGCAUAGCUCUCCAACAUCAAAUCUAUGAGCUGUUCGAACCAUCAACUGACCAAUCACAGAUCGAGGAAGGAUCGAAUGAAGAAAUCGACGAACAAGAUAUCGAGGGAGUGAUUAGCCAAUCAGAUGUCUGCUCGGUUGUGGCCAGGACAGUCGUUGAGUUAUUCUCUUUCAAAACGAGAGAGUGGCUCUCACUUCCGCACUUAGCCGAGUGGGAAUCAUCCGACUCUCGACUCCUGUUCACACUUCCCUUCUUCGCCUCCUUCGACAACUUGGUGGUUGCAAGCGUGCUGUCGGGUGGCUCCGGCGGCGGAGGGAGUGUGGUACUGCAGAGCGAGGAGACCGAGUGGGUGAUUCGAGACCCGGAUGACCUCGAGGAUGAGGAGAGUGAAUUCGAAGUGAAAAAUUUCGAAGAAUUUGUUGCGCCGAUUGAAAACGAAGGCGACCAAGAGGAGGAAGCAGUAGUGUUUCGCGAGGAGGCGGGCGAUGACGAGUUCGCGGUGCGAGUGAUAGACGAGAAGCCGCAGACGACAGCCGAGAACGAACUCAACGAGGCCGAGUUCGACUUCGGAGACGACGAUCAUUUCGCGAAUGACGAAAUAGAGCCGAGUUUGAGUCCGGGUGCGUGGAAGAAAGUGAGCGUGACCAAAAGAAGGAUGCUCAAAUUCAAUGAUCUCCUUGAGGAGUCGCAGCUUCCGAUACUCUAUGCUAAUAUUCUGACACUUUUCGCCCAAUCGUCUCUUAUUCUGGUGGACUUAGUAGAAAUCCAGUACUCGCGUGUUCCUUGUGACGAAGUCUACGACACCAAUUUCGAGAAGGGAUUUAUUCUGAUGAAGAACAAUGAACACUCCUCCCCUUUUGUAUACAGCGUAGAAAAUCAGAAACCUAUUUGCUUCAUACCAGAAAAACAUCAUUUUCUGAAUUUCGUACCCAAUCAAGCUUUCAUUAUUGGCCAGAAAGGCACCAAAAUCAAUUUCUACAAAUGGAACAUGGACGCAACAGUUUCCAAUAGUGAAGAACGCCCACAUUUCGCUGAACAUAUUCUGGAACUGAACGACGAGCUAAUCAACCCACAAAUCUGUCCCAAAAUUCAACUUGGCAGCCUGAUUUUGUUCACCGAAAUGGGAAUGGCCACGUAUGACCUCGACAAGUUAUUGGGAAAAGAAAAUGGAGCUGAGAUUCAGUCAUUGUAUGAAGUCUUUUUUGAAGCCGAUUCCAAAUCGGAAUCGCGAGGAGCUCACAAAGAGAAUCAUUACGUCGCCCGAAAAUGCUGUGGUAACUUUAUAAUAACAGCCCAGAGAGACCGAAUUCUGAUUCACCAGUACCUGAAGGACACAUCAACAUGUGCAGAAAGGCAAUCCAUCUCAAUCGCAGGAAAUGAAUUUUGCUGCGACAUUCUCCGGCUGACGCUCAGUGACGACGGAAAGAUGCUUUCAAAAAUAUAUUUUGCCACUGCCACGAAUGAUGAGAUUUUAUUGAACACUUUUGACUGCUCCACAGGUUCGACUGAGACAUAUGAGCACAUUGCACAGAAGGGUUCGGAUUUCAGAUUUUGGACCAAAGAGCAUCUGACUUUACUGGCUAAUAGGGACACUGCUCUCCUCAUGGAUACCAACUCAGGCAGAAUUUUGGAGUCGUUCAAGAGUCGAUUGCUUCUGGAUUUCUCAGUUGCAAAACUUGGUGGAUCGAUAGAACCUGUUUUUCUGUUUGAAGAUCGCAUUGCAAUCGGAGGAUACGAAAAAACGCUUUCGUCUGGACAUGUCAAACCGUCAAAGAUUUUAUCGUCUUCGUUGUCAUCGGCCAGCAACGUAGUAGUUACAGUCCAGUUAGAAGACCAGAAGAAAAUCUCAGUUUUUCUUGUCAGCAGAAUGGCAACAGAGAUUGCCGAGUACACUUUGACCUUCAAAGGGUCAGUUCUGGCUGUGUCAAAUGUCACUUCAACUAAAAUCCUGAUAGCGGAGUCGAAUAAAUUCCAUGUGUACGACACACAAGCGGAAAACAUCACCAGCGUCAUUAAGCACUCUACCGAGCCGCUAAUGAACACAACCAUCCAUUCGAUGUCAAUCGACCAAUCAGAUUUCAGGACAGCUCUAUGCCUGUCGUCCACGGGGCCGAAAUGUUACCUUAGCCUAAUAGACACAACAACCGGCAAAACAAUAACUAGAAACAUGUUGACUUCGGAAAUCGCAAUUGGAUUGGCAAAUCAGACCAGCAAAAUAGGACUGAAUUCAACAAAUAAGCAUAGGCUGAUCACUUUGGAAAUAUCUAAUCCGAGAGAUGGUACGAAAAAGUUCGUGUUCGCCAGUAACUCGGCAACGGAGGAUCAUCUGAACAAAAUCAAACUGGAUGUUCCGAAUGAGUUCAAGACUGCAAAUUUGAUUUCAGCUCAGUUCUCUCCUCUUUUCAGUGAGAUUUCAAAGUCAACACGACCUGUGGAUCUGGUUGCUUAAGAUUACUAAACUGAAACGCAAAAAAAAUAUUAGUUUAACCUAACCAUUAGCUAUCAUGAGCUUGAA